AUGAAAGUUCCAAUCUACUCCACUCCAGUCCAAUCCAAUCCAAUCCAAUCCAAUUCAGGGAAGAUGUCACAGUUCUUAUUAAGAGAGACAUUGAAACGAAAGCAACAUACAAGUGUACGUUUCAUAAACAAACGCAUCGAUGAUGCAAAAUCUGUUGGUAAUAUAUCUGCCCCAUUAUCUACACCAGCAUUGUUGUCAUCAUCAUCUCAUACCACAUUAUCAUCUGUUGGUACUGUAUCUGUCCCAACAUUUGUUUCACAUGUUGGUGCCACAUCAUCAACACAUGCAUCAUCCAUACCUACAUCAUCCAACCAGUCAUCCUUACCUACAUCAUCUACCCAAUCAUUUGUACCUACAUCUAUCCAAUCAUCUACACCUGCAUCUACUACAUCAUCUGUACCUAGAUCCACAACAAAUUGUAGUGAAUCGAUUGAGGAAAAUGUUAGCGUUCAACAUCAAGGGUAUUUACUUGGAUCUACAGGAAUGGAUGGGCGUCUAUAUAUUGGAGUGCGAGAUAAGGAGUUAUUUCCUUCGGGCCCAUGUUCUUCCGUUGUCUAUGAAUCCUUUGGUGAAAGAGCUGAUUUAAACGGGUAUAGCUGGGCAACUUUAAGUGACGAGACAAAACUCCUUUAUUGGAACGAGUUUCAUAAAAAGUGUCAUUGGGAUGAUGCAAAAACUCCUAAAGGAUCUUCUGAAAUGCAUCGCGAACAAUACGAGGAUAAUAAUGCCGACACAGAAGUCGAGAUUGAGAAUUUGAAGAAAUUAGUGGAGACACAACGUGAACAAUAUGAGGAUAUUCAACAAAAAUAUGAGGAUGUUCAGCAAAAAUAUGAGGAUGCUCAGAAAAAGAAUGUGGAGUUUCAGCAGAAAAAUGUGGAUGUUCAAGCAAAGUUUGAACAACAACUUGCACAAGCAAUGAAUGUCAUUAACACAUUGAGUGAACAGGUCAAAAAUAUUAUUAAUCAAUGA